AUGGAGUUUGAUAACAGCUCAAUUGCCUACUUCACCAGUAACUUCACGGAGAUUCCCAACACCACCACAGCUCCACCCUGGAGUGAGGGCACGCUCCUCGGCCUCCAGGUGUCCCUCUCAGUUCUGUUGGCCAUCGUCACCUUGGCUACCGUGCUUUCAAACGCAUUUGUCAUCACCACUAUCUUUCUGACCAGAAAGCUCCACACCCCUGCUAACUUCCUGAUAGGCUCCCUGGCCGUCACAGACCUGCUGGUGUCUAUUUUAGUCAUGCCAAUCAGCAUUGUCUAUACUGUCAGCAAAACCUGGUCUCUCGGGCAAAUUGUUUGUGACAUCUGGCUGUCAUCUGAUAUCACCUUCUGCACAGCUUCCAUCUUGCACCUGUGUGUGAUUGCAUUGGACCGCUACUGGGCCAUCACAGACGCGCUGGAGUACUCGAAACGUCGCACCAUGCGUCGAGCAGGGAUGAUGGUCGGGGUAGUGUGGGUGAUUUCUAUAUCUAUUUCCAUGCCUCCUCUUUUUUGGCGGCAGGCCAAAGCCCACGGAGAGCUGAAAGAGUGUGUGGUGAACACAGAUCAGAUCUCUUACACCCUUUAUUCUACUUUUGGUGCCUUCUAUGUUCCCACCGUGCUUCUCAUCAUCCUCUACGGACGGAUUUAUGUUGCUGCCCGAUCUCGCAUUUUCAAGACCCCAUCGUCAUCUGGGAAGCGUUUCACAACAGCACAGCUCAUCCAGACCUCGGCAGGCUCCUCUCUCUGCUCUCUUAAUUCUGCCUCCCACCAGGAUGCACACCCACACUCUGGCACUGCGGGAGGUGGAGGAUCGCCUGUGUUCAUGAAUAGUGUGAAAGUGAAGCUGGCAGACAGCGUGCUGGAGAGGAAACGUCUUUGUGCGGCACGUGAGAGGAAAGCGACCAAAACACUGGGCAUCAUCCUGGGUGCGUUCAUUGUUUGCUGGCUCCCGUUCUUUGUUGGCACGCUGGUAGGGGCCAUAUGUAAAGAAUGCUGGUUUGAUCCUGUACUGUUUGAUAUCUUUACUUGGUUGGGUUACCUCAAUUCCCUCAUCAAUCCUGUUAUAUACACCGCAUUCAACGACGAGUUCAAGCAGGCUUUCCAAAAACUCAUGAAAUGCAGACGGAGCUUCUGA